AUGUUUUUAUUCUUUCUUUCUUUUGAAUAUUUUAGAUUAGCAGCACAUAUCAAUGAUUAUCAAUGUUAUCAAAUUGAAUUAUGUCGUGGUUAUGAUUAUGUAUCCUUUCAUGAAGAUCUAAAGAAACUUUAUCAUAUAGCUGGUAUAGAUAAUAAACCAACUGUAUUCUUAAUAACAGAUAAUCAAAUUAUUAUAGAAGAAUUCCUUGAAGAUAUUAAUAAUAUAUUGAAUUCCGGUGAAGUAUCAAAUCUAUUCGAUAAUGAUGAAUAUGAACAUAUUAUUAAUGAUUGUCGGUUAGCAGCGAAAGAAUAUGGUAUCAUUGAAGGGAAUCGUAAUGGAAUUUAUGAAUUUUUUAUUAAUCGUAUUAAAAAUAAUUUACAUAUUGUAUUAUGUAUGUCACCAAUUGGUAUUAAUUUUCGUAUAAGAUGUAGAAUGUUUCCAUCAUUAAUUAAUUGUUGUAUCAUUGAUUGGUUUAUUGAAUGGCCUAAAGAAGCAUUAUAUAAUGUUGCUAUGUAUACAUUUUCACAAGAGGAUUUUGGUUCAAAUGAACUUAAAGAAUCUAUAUCAAAAUUAUCUACCGAUAUUCAUUUAAGUGUUUCAGAAGCAGCUGUACGUUUUUAUAAUGAAUUAAAACGUCAUUAUUAUACUACACCGACAAGUUAUUUAGAAUUGCUUGGAUUAUAUAUGACAAUGUUGAAUAAAAAAACAAAAGAAUUAACUGAUGGACGUGAUAAAUUUCGUAAUGGUUUAAAUAAAAUAUUAGAAACUAAUGAUUUAAUUGCUAAAAUGGAAACGGAACUAACAGCAUUACGUCCAACACUUGAAGCAAAACAACGUGAUACAGAAAAAUUGAUGAUAAAAUUAAGUGAAGAUCAAGAACAGGCUGAUAUUGUUCGUAGUCGAGUUAAAGAAGAUGAAAUGUUGGCUAAACAAAAAGCAGCUGAAAAUCAAAUUAUAGCUGAUGAUGCACAACGUGAUUUAGAUGAAGCAAUACCAGCAUUGGAAGCAGCUAAUAAAGCACUUGAUUCAUUAGAUAAAAAUGAUAUAUCUGAAAUUCGUGUAUUCACUAAACCACCACAAUUAGUACAAACUGUUAUGGAAGCUGUUUGUAUUAUGCUUGGACAAAAAGGUGAUUGGGCAACAGCUAAAAUUGUAUUGAAUGAUUCGAAUUUUUUAAGAAAAUUAGUUGAAUAUCCAAAAGAUGAUAUAACUGAUGGACAAUUGAAAAAAUUAAAAAAAUUUAUUGAUAAUCCUGAAUUUAUACCAGAAAUUGUUGAAAAAACAAGUAAAGCUUGUAAAUCAAUGUGUAUGUGGGUUAGAGCAUUGAAUUUAUACGCGCAUAUAUUUCGUACUGUGGAACCAAAAAGGAAACGUUUAGAAGAAGCGAAUGCAGAUUUAGAUAUUGUCAUGCGUAAACUUCAACAAAAACAAUUAGAAUUAUUCAAUGUAGAACAAAAAAUUACAUUAUUACAACAAGAAUAUCAUCAAUCCAUAAAUGAAAAAAAGAAACUAGAACAAUAUUUAACAUUAAUAUCAACUAGAUUAAAACGUGCUAAUAAAUUAACCACUGGUUUAAUGGAUGAACAAGAACGUUGGAAAUUAUCUAUAGAACAAUAUAAUAUACAAUUAAAUCAUAUUAUAGGUGAUGUAUUUAUAGCAUCCGCUUGUAUAGCUUAUUAUGGUGCAUUUACAAUUAAUUAUCGUUAUGAUUUAAUGCAACAAUGGAUUCAUCGUUGUCAUGAAUUAAAUAUAUGUGUUAGUGAAGAAUUGACUUUAUUUCAUAUUCUUGGUAAUUUAUAUGAAAUAAGACAAUGGACAAUACAAGGUUUACCAAAAGAUUCAUUUAGUAUAGAUAAUGCUAUUUUAGUUACACAUUCAAGACGUUGGCCAUUAUUUAUUGAUCCACAAGAACAAGCUAAUCGUUGGAUACGUACAAUGGAAUUACAAAAUCAAUUAAAAAUUAUUAAAUUAACCGAUUCAAAUUUAUUAAGAAUCUUAGAAAAUUGUAUACGUCUUGGUUUACCAUUAUUAAUUGAAGAUAUUGCUGAAACAUUAGAUCCUUCAUUAGAAUCCAUUUUAUUAAAACAAACUUUUAUGUCUGGUGGUCGUUUAUUAAUACGACUUGGUGAUAAUGAUAUAGAAUAUAAUCAAAAUUUUCGUUUAUAUAUAACAACUAAAUUAUCUAAUCCACAUUAUUUACCUGAUAUAUCAAUUAAAGUAACAAUUAUUAAUUUUACUGUUACAUUAAAUGGUUUAGAAGAUCAAUUAUUAAAUGAUGUUACUAGUAUUGAAAGACCAGAAUUAGAAGAACAACGUAAUCAAUUAAUUGUUAAAAUUAAUACAGAUAGAAAUCAAUUAAAAGAAACAGAAAAUAGAAUAUUGAAAUUAUUAUUUGAAUCUGAAGGUAAUAUAUUAGAUAAUGAAGAUUUAAUUAAUACAUUAAAUGAAUCUAAAAUAAAAUCAAGUGAAAUCACAAAACGUUUAACUGAAGCAACAUUAACAGAACAAAAAAUUACAAUAGCACGUUCAAAAUAUUUACCAAUUGCUACACGUGGUUCUGUUAUGUAUUUUGUAAUAACAUCUAUGGCUGAAAUUGAUCCAAUGUAUCAAUUUUCAUUGAAAUAUUUCAAAAAUUUAUUCAAUACAACGAUACAAAAUUGUCCAAAUGUCACUACAUUAGAUGAACGUAUACAAAUUUUAAUAGAUUCUAUUACUAUAGCAACAUAUAAUAAUAUUUCACGUGGUUUAUUUGAACGACAAGGACAAGGUCCAAAAGCGGAGAAAUUAAUUCAUGAAGCAUGUAAAUUAGGUGAUUGGGUAUUUUUACAGAAUUGUCAUUUAGCUGCUUCAUGGAUGAUUCGAUUAGAAGAAAUAGUGAAACAACUUGCUGAAAAUCCUAAAUCAACACAUACAGAUUUUCGUUUAUAUUUAAGUUCAAUGCCAUCAAAAUCAUUUCCAAUAUCUGUAUUACAAAAUUCAGUAAAAGUAACUAAUGAACCACCAAAAGGAUUAAAAGCAAAUCUUAUUCGAGCAUUGAAUGAUAUAUCAAUGGAAUCAUUUAAUACACAUGUGUUAAGAAAUGAUUGGCGUAAAUUAGUAUUUGGUAUUUGUUUCUUUCAUUCAAUUAUAUUGGAAAGAAAAAAAUUUGGACCACUUGGAUGGAAUAUUAAUUAUGAUUUUAAUGAUUCGGAUCGUGAAUGUGCAUUAUUAAAUUUAGAAAUGUUCUGUCAUGAAUCUUAUAUACCAUGGGAUGCUUUAACGUAUAUUACAGCUGAAAUUACAUAUGGUGGACGUGUCACUGAUUUCUGGGAUCAAAGAUGUUUACGUACAAUACUUCAACGUUUCUUUCAUCCAUCUACAUUAAAAUCAGAUUAUGUUUAUUCAUCAUCUGGUAUUUAUUAUCCACCAACUAAAGAAACUUUAAUAGAAUAUAUGGAAUAUGUAUCUAGUCUUCCAUUUAGUUCAGGACCUGAAUUAUUUGGUAUGAAUGAAAAUGCUAAUUUAGUAUAUCAGCUUCAGGAAACAAAUAAUCUAUUAUCUGUUAUUCUUAAUGUUCAACCACGUACAAAUACAAUGAGUACAGGGAAAACAAAUGAUGAUAUGGUUUAUGAACAAGCUGAUUCAAUAUUGAAAAAAUUACCAGAAAAAAUUAAUAUUGAAGAUGCACGUCCAGAUUUAUUUGAUACGGAUAGUAAAGGUCGGAUAGAUUCAUUGACUACUGUACUGACUCAAGAAAUUGAUCGAUUUAACAAACUAUUAAAAAUUAUCAAAAAUUCUUUGAAACAACUUCAAAAAGCAAUUAAAGGUUUUAUUGUUAUGUCAGAAGAUUUGGAAGGUGUAUACACGGCAUUUUUACAAAAUUCUGUACCAGAAAUUUGGUCAUCUAAAUCAUAUCCAAGUUUAAAACCAUUAGGUAGUUGGAUAAAAGAUUUAGUACUACGUUGUGAUUUUAUUAACACAUGGAUGAUUAGAGGAAAACCUCUUUCAUUUUGGAUAUCUGGAUUCUUUUUUCCUCAAGGUUUUCUAACUGGAAUUUUACAAAAUUAUGCACGAAAAUAUAACUAUCCAAUUGAUCAUUUAACAUUUCAUUUCAAUGUUUUACCAUAUUAUCGUAAUCAAGAAGAAAUUUCUAUAGCUAUAUCAAAACUUCGUUUAGGUGAAAUAUUAGAAGUUGAUAAAAUGAUAAAUAAACCAAAAGAUGGUGUACUUGUACAUGGAUUAUUUAUGGAUGGUUUCAGAUGGGAUGAUAAAACAAUGCAAAUAACUGAUUCUAUAUUAGGUGAAAUGUUAUCUAUUAUGCCAAUAAUACAUAUGAAACCAGAAAUGGAUUAUAUACCAGAUUCAAAUGAUUAUAUUGCACCAUUAUAUAAAACUGCAGCCAGAGCUGGUGUAUUAUCAACAACAGGUAUGUCAACAAAUUUCAUAGUCGCUGUUCCAUUGAAAACAAAUAAGCCUCAAGCAUAUUGGAUUGAGAUGGGUGCAAGUUUACUAUGUGAAUGUGUAAAUCCCUAA